GACGGCGCCAGGUGUGCCAAGCUCCCGCCUGGUCACCUGAGCCCGGCUGGGCGCAAACCGACCCCGGCCGUGGUUUCCGUGCAGGGGCUAUUAUUGCUCAGAGGCCUGCGCCGGUGGUAGCCAGGCGCACAGCCACGGGUGCCUCAGGGGCCGUGCCACCCAGGGAGGUCACACAUGGCCAAAAAUCAGGGCAUUUCAGUGGUGGCAGCGUGGGACACUCGGAGCCGGGCGUGGCGUUGUUUCUGCUCAGUGUCCGCCUCCCGAAGCCAGUGCAGAUUAGACAGUGCAGAUCAGACAAGGCCCUUAGACGCCAAGGAGCUCUGGGACGCGAGAACCAGCAGUCGGGAUGGUCUAAGAGGGGGGAAGCUCGGGGCUCAGCGGAAGCUGAGUUUCCUUUACUCAGAGCGUGUCUUCUGGAGUCUCCUGUGUGCCCAGCGAAUGAAGCCAAGGGAACAAAGACGGACGAGACCCAUCAGGUCCAGAGCGCACCCGUGGAGGAGGCUGGGCGAACCCCGACUGUCCUAUGGAUAGUCCUAUGGACCAGACGAGGCCCCUGCCCCAAGGAGUUCCCAGGUGUAACCACAAAUUAAGGAGCCCUGGGGAGGUGACACAGGCACCCUCGUUACUUUUGUUCAGCAGGAGUCUCUGAGGCCUCCCCAGCACCAUGCCGCGUGGGUGAGGUCGAGGACACAGAGAGAUAUCAGGCAAGGCUCCUGCCCCUUUAGGGUGGCCCUGACAACGGAUCAUAACCUCCCAGGGAGCUGAUGGGGUGUGACAGGCACACUGCAGGCUGGAGGCACAGGUGGAGGGCAGGGAAGAGGACUGGCAAAUCUACAGAAUCCUAAGGGGAGCCAACAGCAGCCACAUGCAAAUCUCCCUCCCUCCAAACAACUCUCCCGUAGAGGGCAUCCGCGCUCCCCUGGGGUGGCAGUCCGCGAGAAGUUUCCGUGUAGGUUCUCCCCAGGCUUAAACAGUUCAAAAGUUUUAUUUCAAGAAAACUCUGGGGAGGGCGAACUGCAUGGGGGCUGCCGAGAUUAGCCGAGGGAUUCCGAAUGAAGACGGAAUGUUUCCGAACAGACACACCUCUCCGAAGAGCGUUUCCGGAGGGUUCCGAAAAUGCCCGAGCGGGCCUCGGCGCCUUCAUUGGCCAUCACCGCGAGGGCUUACCAAGACCGGAAAUAUCCAAAGGUGCCGGGGCUAGGCUUAAAUAGUUCACGCAUUCACCAGUUCGUUCAUAAAACAAACGUUCGUUGAGCGCCCAUCAUAUGCCAAUCACAGUGACAAGCGCUGGGUGAGCAAUACCGGAGAGACAACGAUGAGGCAUGGCUUCCAGGACCUCUCGAAUUGGGGCCACUCAGAAAUCCAGCGGUGGAGUUCCGAAAACUUCCGAACGGUCCUCGGAACACGCUCUCGGCUCUCUAACCGAAGAGUUCCGAAUAUUCCCGAGCGUUGAGCGAUUGGUAGGCGGAAGUAGCCGAAUAUCAUCGAGCCGCCUCGGAGGUGGGGACCGACAACUCCCGUUGCGCCCGCCCAGAGAGGAAGCGGAAAUGCGUGUGCGGUAUUAAAGGCGUCGUCCCGCCCCCUCCCAACCUCUUUCCGUCUCAGGUCGCCGCUGCGAGAGGAGCCGCCGCCAUGUCUGCGCAUCUGCAAUGGAUGGUCGUGCGGAACUGCUCCAGUUUCCUGAUCAAGAGGAAUAAGCAGACCUACAGUACUGAGCCCAAUAACUUGAAGGCCCGCAAUUCCUUCCGCUACAACGGGCUGAUUCACCGCAAGACCGUGGGCGUGGAGCCGGCAGCCGACGGCAAAGGCGUCGUGGUGGUCAUUAAGCGGAGAUCCGGCCAGCGGAAGCCUGCCACCUCCUAUGUGCGGACCACCAUCAACAAGAAUGCUCGCGCCACGCUCAGCAGCAUCAGACACAUGAUCCGCAAGAACAAGUACCGCCCCGACCUGCGCAUGGACAUGCUGGCAUCUACUUGUCAGGGCUGCGUUGCUGUGGCUGGGCAACCUUGUGCAAGUUCCUCAACCUCUCUGUGUCUUCGUACCCUCAUCUGUAACACGUCAAUCGACCUUACUACUCAGGGUUGAUGAGAAGAUGAAAUGUGCAGAACCUGCUUCACUGUGCUCACAAAUCUUGACUGUAGGAAUAAAUUAAUGACUUUUUAUAAAUAUUUUGAUCAGAUGGACUCAGAUGAUCACAAAUGUCUUCACAUGCCUAUGACACAUUUGCACACAAACUAAUGCUCGUGUCUCCCGAGCACCUGGAACACACCAGAUCCACGUGCAGUAAUGCCUGGUGGCUCCAGGUCUGCCCCGCCGUCCUAGGGGGCCGUGAGCUUUCCCAGCCUCCUGCCUGUGUUUGUUUCUGUCCUCGGCUGCAUUUCCAGCCCAGGCUGUUUGGCUCUGCCCGGGAAGUGUAUUGAUUCCCCUUUGUUUUUCUUGUAGUCAGUUACUGGAAUAAAAUCAUCUACUUUAAAAUCUUUCAUUGUGAAA